AUGUUAUACUUCAGUAGAAUUCCCGAGACGAAAUUCAUCAUCACUCUACCUCACAUUUUACCCCAGGAACAUUUCAUCCUAUCAACAAUCUACUCCAUCAGCAUUCCAUCUUAUCCUCUUUCUCUUUCUCCAUCUUGCCAACACUCUACUUCCAUUAACAUUCUAUCAAGGUAUGUUUCUUAUUCUAUUUCAUUGACAUUGAAUCUCAUCAACACUUUUCACCAACACUCCUUCUCGUCAACACUGCAUCUCACAAAGACUCCGUCUCAUCACGACUCUGUCUCAUCAGCAUUCUAUUCAUCGCUUUUCCUCUUUACCAAGACUUCGUCUUAUUAUAACUCUAUCUCAUCAGCACUUCACCUCAUCACGACUCUGUCCCAUCAGCACUCUGUCCCAUCAGCACUCUGUCCUAUCAGCACUCUGUCCUAUCAGCACUCUGUCCCACUGUCAUCCCGUCUAGACUCCGUCUCAUCACGACUCUGUCUCAUCAGCACUUUGUCUCAUAAGUACUCUACUUCACUACUAUUCCUCUUCACCAAGACUUUGUCUCAUCAGCACUUAGUCUCAUCAACAUUCUGUCCCAUCAGGACUCUCCUUCACCACCACUCCUCCUUACCAAGACUUCGUCUCGUCGCGACUUUGUCUCAUCAGCACUUCGUCUUAUCAAGAGUUAUUCUCAUCUUAUUUCUCUUUCUCCUCCUCCUUCUACUUCCCAAUCAUACUAACACCAAUCCCGGCACGUGGGACACAGGCAAAAUGUCUUCAGGACCACCACCACCUCCUCCUCCCAGGCGGCCAGUACAGCCGCAACCAGCAAGCAAAUUCGGGGCUCGGCCUGAGAAACCCAAACCCCACGCAUCCCAAGGGUUAACUACACCCUUUGAGUCGGCCAUCGACCCCAAGGAGCCCUAUGUCUACUCGCCGCGGGCGGGAGUAUAUGGCAAGGCUGGUGGGAAAGAGCCCCCAGCACGCUAUCGACCUGCGGGCCAUAUCUCUUCGUCUGCGCAAGAGCCAGACGAGGCCGAUGACGACGAUCUGAGGAGCCUGUUCUCUGGUCCCCUGAGUCCUUCAUGGGACAUUCCAAUUCGGAAUAUCAUGGGACAAAUGGAGCAGACUUCUGGGCGACCUCGGUCAUCUUCUCCCCGUCGUGCACCCGGGCUUGAACGAUAUCGUUCGCCCACCCCAAGGGUGCCCUCGGGUUCUCAACGCCCAGCGAGAUCAGCUGGACAGACCUCCACGGAGGCUCAGAAUGCCGCCCGCAUCGCUCGGAUGCCACACCGAGUCCCUGCGGCUAAGACACCAGGCGUUAUUUUCACCAGGGGAUACGCUUGGUUUGACAAUUCAAAGCACGAGAUUCUCGCGCAUGUUUAUGUCGGACCCGACAAAACAUCAAUUGGAUUCCUGAGACUCUCUGGUCUAUCCUCGGACACCAAGAGAGACCUGAUGCAGAGUGGAAAGCAAUCGGGGUCCAACGAGUUUCAAGUGUGGUUCAAGGACUUGUGCACGCCUGAGCAGUUUGAACAGCUGCGUGAUUACAGCGCCCACAAAACGAAAAUCGUGGGAUGGUUUGAGGGAUUCGCAGAGAAUAAUGAGAAAUUGUUCUCUAUGGCCGAACGUCUGCGGAAUGGCAACAAGAUUGCCAUCCACUAUUUUGCCAGCCAAAGCAAAGGACCGCAGUAUUCAAUGGUUGCGUGGUCUCGGGAGUCUUCAGCCUUUCGAUUCCCAGAUUGGUUUCCGAAGCAUCCGCCACGCGACGCGGAGAUUCCUUUGCUUUUUGCAGUGCAAACUGACGUUCGGCCGAUCCGUGCAUUGGGUCCUUCAAUUAGUUCCGGAUCCCAUCAACCAUCUCUCCCACCGCUGGUCCGACCCCCACCAGCUACAACUAACCUCGAGAAAUUUAUGGCCGAACGCAAGAUAAUUGUCGGAGAACUGGCCACCAUUAAGAAUGGCGCGAAACGUCUGAAGGCGGAUUGCUUUUAUUUGCACUUCCCCUCUGAAGACGACGACGCCCGAAAAGACUUUGAUCUCCUGAAGAAAUAUUUAGUUCUUCAUGAGAUGAUAGUCUUUACCGGUUCUGACAACGACGGUUGGUCGAAAUUUUUCGGAGAAAACAAGAAGGGUGUGGUGAUAUUCCACGAGUCGUUCGCCAGGUACGCUGCCCUGCAGCCUCAUCUCAUUCAAGCGCUCCAAUACCCAUCACUCAAUUUCUGGGUGGUUCGCGUUGAAGAGCGGCUUUGGGGUAUGCCAAGUCAAUUCUUUUCACCCGGUGAUCAUUGCACUCGUAUCUUCCCUGGGGAUGGCGUGAUACUUCUAACCGAAGAUAUGUUAGGAGACCUGAAAAGGACAGCCAUUCUUCUCCAGUGGAUUCGGGAGCAACAAGGACCCAAAGCCUCCCCUGAUGUACGGCAUAUCAUGCUCCAUCCAGGGGUGAUGGAGUGGAUAAGAAAGAGGCUUGGUGAUGAGCGGCUUGCGAAAGACCAUGCGGUGCUCAAGCUUGUCCGAGGCCUGAUAUGGAAGCUGAACCCCUCCAAGCCCCCCGAUGACAUGUUCAAGGAGUCCAGCCUUGAUCCAGACUCAACGAACGCCGUUAUGUCCCCACACCAUGUCCGUGGCUAUGACAGUCCCAAUAACGUUGAACCAAAAUCCAAAGAGAUGGUUCUACAAGACGCCAAUAGUCUUAUUCGUUUUUUUGCAGACUGGGGACAGCAUAACAUGCAAAGGUUCAAGCACUUCGUUGUGGUCACUUCCAUCACCGACAACGAUGUGUAUGAGCGUUGGAAGGCCUAUGGACAUAUUACUGUCAUUCGGGGUGGUCACAAAUCUCUUUUUGGGCGCUUCAAGAUCAGAAAUUCAGACCUCGAGAGGUUGUGGAACCGGGUCUGUAAUGGUUCUUGA